GAAUCCGAAUUUAACAAAAAGGAAAAUUCCACAGAGAGAGAGAGGUUUGUGAAAAGGGGACGAACAGAAGCAGAAAAGUAGCUUUUGAGUUCCCUUUUCGUUGCCAUAAUUUCCGAUCCAAAUCCUUUAUUCAAUCUCACAGAAACAGAGUUCUGAUUAGGAUUUUCGCCAUUGUUCAUCACGUCCUGCUUGUCUUUAUCCCUUCGCCCGCCUUUUUUUUCAUCGUCAUCUUCCACCUAACCACAGGCACUUCAAUCAUCCCACCAUUCUUUAUUAUAUAUUCUUUAUCAGUAAACAAUCGGAAACACCUCAGUUUCGUUCAUCAUCCAUCGUCUUCUUCUUCACAUUCUUGAUUAAUUCUUUUGAUUAAAAGCCCUAAAAUUCCAAUUUAUUAACACCCCAUUAUCUCCAAUUGUAUGUGUGUGCGUGUGUCUUUCUUUUUCUUGUAGUCACGCGCACAUACGUAUUUGAUUUCAUCUCUUUUCACUUCUUUCGUUAUCCGAAGAAUUUCCCUUGUUUCAGUUUUGAAUUUAGGUACCAGAUAUGGCGGAUUCGAAUGGUGAAGUUGACAUUUUGGAUUCUUCUCCCCAGCGGGAGAAGCUCAUUAUUGAUACCGAUCCUGGAAUCGAUGAUGCCAUGACUAUCUUCAUGGCAUUUCAAAGUCCAGGGUUGGAGAUCUUGGGAUUAACUACAAUUUUUGGUAAUGUUUUCAUUGAAGAUGCGACGCGUAAUGCCUUGCUUCUGUGUGAGAUGGCAGGCCGUUCAGAUGUUCCUGUGGCCGAAGGCAACGCUGAACCCCUGAAGGGUGGAACACCACACAUUGCUGACUUUAUACAUGGUUCUGAUGGACUGGGGAAUGUAAAUCUACCAUCCCCAAGUACGAAAAAAAUUGAAAAAUGUGCUUCUGAAUUUUUAGUUGAGACGGUUUCUCAGCAUCCUGGUGAAGUUUCUAUACUUGCACUUGGGCCUCUCACAAACUUGGCUCUGGCAACCAAAAUGGAUUCUACCUUUGCGAGCAAGGUGAAAAGGAUUGUUAUACUUGGUGGUGCUUUUUUUUCUCUAGGGAAUGUAAGCCCUGCUGCCGAAGCAAAUAUCUAUGGAGAUCCAGAAGCAGCAGAUGUUGUAUUCACAUCUGGAGCAAACAUCGAUGUGAUUGGUAUAAACAUCACCACACAAGUUAAACUUACAGAUGACGACCUUCUUGAAAUAAGGGAAUCCAAAGGAAAAUAUGCUCAAGUCCUAUGUGACAUGUGCAAAUUCUAUAGAGAUUGGCAUGUCAUGUCAGAUGGGGUUUAUGGCAUUUUCCUCCACGACCCUGUUUCCUUCAUGGCUUUAGUUCGCCCCGAUCUCUUUACCUACAAGUCUGGUGUUGUGAGAGUUGAAACUCAGGGAAUUUGUGUAGGUCAUACAUUGAUGGAUCAAGGAAUCAAGAAAUGGAAUUCAAGCAAUCCAUGGACAGGUUAUUCCCCAAUUUCUGUAGCAUGGACUGUCAAAGUGGAUGAAGUUACCAAAUACGUCAAGGAUCUAUUGAAGAAACCGUGAGUGUUGAAUGUUAUAUUGCCAAUGAAAUUUCACAAACAAAGCAGUCUUUGUUUGUUGAUCCUCUUCCCCUUUUCGAACUCUCAUAACUGAGAUCUCAAAUUGAUCAGCCUCUACUUUCUCUUGUGGAUAUUUGAACAAACAUUCUGUUAUUUAGCAGAAACGUCUUCUGCUUUCACUAAUUAUUGUUGAAAAUCUUAAGCUACCGCUACUGAUCGCGAUGUUCGAAAAGAACCAGCUAUAGUUCAUUAUAUAUAUAUACACACACACGUAGAUAACCAAA